UAAACUUUAAAAGCUACCCUUACCAAUAUCACUCUCUCUCUCUAUCUCUUCAUCUUCUCCAAGCUUCUUGUUCUUCUACAUUCAACACAACAAUGGCUGCUCUUGUUCUUCUUCUACUUAUUUUCUCCAUGGUUUCUCACUCAAGUGCAACAUGGUGUGUGUGCAAGAAGGGUGGAAAUGAUAAGGUUCUACAGAUGGCAAUAGACUGGGCGUGUGGAAAUGGUGCGGACUGCACCCAAACGCACCAAGGUGGGAAGUGCUACAACCCGAACACCGUCAUUGACCACUGCAACUACGCCGUCAACAGCUAUUUUCAAGCCAAGGGUCAGGCCCCUGGCUCGUGUGAUUUCAACGGUGCAGCCAUGGUCACCACCACUGACCCAAGCGCUAACGGGUGUUCAUAUCCUUCUUCUGCCAGUGGUACGACCGUCGUAAAUUCACCAGGCAACACUAGAACACCAAGUUCGACCACCAUGACGCCAGGCUCCACCACCACUUCUCCAUACGGCGGCAACAACCCAACCAACACGGGCGUGUUGGGAGGCGGAACUGGCCUGGGUAUGGGCCCGUCAGGAGCGGGUAUCAACACGGAUCUUAGCCAUGGGUUCACGAUACAUCAAAAAGCCACCACUUUUGGUUUCUUGACCAUAAUGGGUUCAAUGCUUGUAAUGCUUUUGUGAGUUUGAUGAAUGUGUACAACUGGAUGAUGCAUGUAGUAAGGGUACAAGUUGGCAAUGCAUGCAUGUGGUUUUUAGGUUAGAGGAAUGUCAAAAGACAGGUUGCAUUUUGGUUUUAUUAUCUAGAUUGGGAAAUUAUUGAGGGCCUAUGUUCCUUUUUGGUGGCCAUGACUCACGUGAUUUCUAUCACUCUCGUCUAUUUUUUUUUAUAUAUUUUUGUAACUUGUUUUAUGUGAAUGUUUCAUUCCCAUGUUACGCA